AAGAAUAGCACAAGAGAAUCAGACACCAGCGCUGGCUUUUUCCUUUUCCUUUUGGAGAUUUUAAGAAAACAAAAAUCUCCCCAAGACAUAGGCAAAGACCACCCUGUUUCAAUCACCAUCGUUCCCACAUUCUUCGCUCUUUCUCACGUUUGGUACCAAACCCAAAGUUCCCUUUUUUGCCGCUCUUUUCGGUUUCCUUUCUUUCCUUCUUCUUCUUCUUCUUCUUCUAGUCUUUCCUUCAAUUCAUUUCUUGUCUCUUCUUCCUCUGAUUUUGAGGUACGAAGACCCCAUAUAUCUUUUUGGUUGAGAUCUUUAUUUGUGAAAAUACUUCGAUAAUAUGGGAGUAUCUUUUUCGUGUCCUCUUAGUGAUCUUGAUGAUCUGGACAGCCAUUUUAAAGCUGUUAUUGUAAAAUCAAUCAGUUUCAAGGAUGAGGAUGUAAACAAAGUAUUGCGAUCUGUCAGUUUUAAUGGCCGUGUUUCAGAACCGAGAGCAAUGGAAUCAUAUGGUUCGAGGGAGAUGAUACUUGAAGGAUCUUUAAGCUUUAACAAGAGGGAAACAGGGACCACGCUCUCAUACAAGACUCCUAGCACUGAUGGGGAGUAUAAGGUGUCUGAUAGACCAGAGAGCUGUAAGAAUACAGAUAACGAUGAAAUAUUGCAGAGAUCAGACAGCUUGUCUGAGAAAAAGUCCCAUUCAGAAUUUUCAGAACCGGGGUUGCAACAACAUCAUGCUGCAUUAAAGUUGCAAAAGGUGUACAAGAGUUUCAGGACCAGGAGGCAGCUAGCAGACUGUGCAGUUGUUGUUGAGCAGAGAUGGUGGAAGCUGUUAGAUUUUGCUGAACUCAAGCGAAGCUCUAUUUCAUUCUUUGAGGUAGAAAAACCAGAAACUGCUAUUUCACGAUGGUCUAGAGCAAGGACAAGAGCUGCCAAGGUGGGAAAAGGCUUAUCUAAGGAUGAAAAAGCUCGGAAACUUGCUUUGCAGCACUGGCUUGAAGCGAUUGAUCCUAGGCAUCGUUAUGGCCAUAAUCUCCAAUUUUAUUAUGCCAAAUGGCUUCACUGUGACAGUAAACAGCCCUUCUUCUACUGGCUUGAUAUAGGAGAAGGGAAAGAAGUGAAUCUUGAAAAGUGUGCUCGGUCAAAGCUUCAACAGCAAUGUAUCAAGUAUCUUGGUCCUACCGAAAGGGAGGCUUUUGAAGUAGUAAUAAUGAAUGGGAAGUUUGUCUGCAAGCGGAGUGGGGAACUUCUUGAUACCACAGGAGAACCAAAAGAUGCGAAGUGGAUUUUUGUUCUUAGUGCAUUUAAGAUUUUGUAUGUUGGACAGAAGAAAAAGGGCACUUUUCAGCACUCAAGUUUUCUGGCUGGUGGAGCAACAUUGUCUGCCGGAAGAUUGGUUGUGGAAGAUGGUGUUUUGAAGGCGGUUUGGCCCCACAGUGGACACUACCUACCAACAGAAGAGAAUUUUCAAGAGUUCGUGUCAUUUCUUCAGGAGCACAAUGUUGACCUCACAAAUGUGAAGAAAAGCCCUUCCGAAGAGGAAGAAACUAUCACCAGAAAGAAUAGUACCCUCCAAAGCAAUGAACUAGAAGCAGAAGGCUCGCAGCAGACUGAGGCGACAAAUAGUGAAAACUCAUCUCAGGAGAACACUGAUUCAAGAAAGCAAGAUUUUGAUGCUACAGAAAAUGCCAACAAGCCUACGUCAAGAUUAUCUCGAGGAUUAUUCUCAAAAAUAAGUAGACUUCAAAUACCAACAAGAAAUGAUGUGUUUGACAUCUUUAAGACAGAAACCUUACCACCAAGUUGCCGCCGUGUGCAUCCAGAAUCCCCUACAGAAGAUGGUUAUGAAACAGCGGAAGAAUUUUUGUCUGAGGAAGAUUUCAUGUUCACUAAGAUCAAUUUGUUUGGUGAAGAUGAUGACGAGGAAGAUAAGAAGCCCAUUCCCAAGGAAAAAAUUAUGAAAAGGAUAGACUCCCAUAAGGGAAUGAAGUCAUAUCAACUAGCUCAACAAUUAUCCUCCAAGUGGUCGACAGGGGCUGGGCCACGGAUUAGCUGCAUGAGGGAUUAUCCUUCUGAGCUUCAGUUCCGGGUUUUAGAGCAAGCAAACUUGUCUCCAAGAGCAAGAAGUGCAAGUGCAUCUCCUCAGACAUCACGUUUUUACCCAAUUGUCUUGACUCCAAGUUCUGUACGCUCAUCUAGAAGUCCGCUUGGAUCCAGAGCAAGUGAUAGCAAUGAAAAAGCAAAAGCCUAGGCAAUUUUUAGAUGAAACUGUCUAUGGCAUGUUGUGGUUAGAGAAGAAGAUAUAGGAUUCUUUUCUGCAUUUUUAAGCCUUUCUUUUGCAUUUCCCAUGCAUGUAGAUCUUAUGCUGAAAAUGAAAAGAUAAAGUGAAAGGGUUAUUAGGUCUGUCUACUCUGCUCUUCAGUUUAGAAAACAAAAGUUCCUUUUCUGUUAUAUCAACAGAUUUGUAAAUCCUGCAUUAACCUCAAAAGGAGAUUUGUAAAUCAUCUAAGAGAUAAAACUCUUGGAAAUUUUAGAAGCACUGAAAAUUUGGAUUUAGAAUGUAUCCGGACUUGUUAGCUUUCUAAAGUUGAGCUUAAUGACAUUGUAUGCAUAUCUGCUCACUUUCUAGUUAAAAAAAAAAAAAAUCUAUGACAUCCAAAAUAGUGAAAAAAAAUAUUAAGAAUUAUAAGAUGUUGCAGUCAGGAUUGUGAUACUUCUGGUGAUAGAUCACAUAGUGUUCCAUCUCAUAUCAUGAGCAUGCUUUAAAGUUGAUAACAAUCAUUGACAAAGUCUACAUGCUUAUGCAAUCUCUUAAUCCUUCAGACCGGACAUGGAUAAAUAAUUGAGAUUUAGCCAGGUUUUUAACAUGAAAAUCACAUUCAAGUGCUGGAAGACACUAGAAUUAAUUGUCUGUUCCCAUGGCUCUGCAUAGAGUAUUGCCAACAAAUAUAUAAAACUGAAAACAAUAACCCCCAAAACCCUCUUGAGUACAGAAUUUUCAUAUCAAUCUAGCAAUCAAACUUCCCAUUCUUCCUUUUUUUUUUUGGUACAAGACAAGGCUUGUGGUUGCUUUCUUAGCCUAAAGAGGAAAGUAACUUGUAUCAGAUGAGGUUAAAUGGUUAAUGCCAGACAUAAAAUGAAGAGAGUGGAAACUUUUGCUUUAUGAAAGAAAACCAUUGCUUAAUGGACAUUCAGGAGCUUGCAAAUGUAUAGAAAAAAAUCAUGCAAAAGAAGAUUGAUGUAAUUAUUGUGGCCAACUAAAAUUGAUAAAGGAAACCUAAACUAUAUAUUUUACCCAUGCAGAAAGUCUUAAUUAUUGUGGUCUACCAAAAUAUUGGCAAAGGGCUUCCAGAAAUUUGAAGGAAAAUGGCCAGUCAAUUUACACCCUUGGUCAAGGUACAAGGUCUAUACUAAUGCCUUCUCAACGACUUACCUAGUCAAUGAUAAGAAGUCAUUUAAGGAAAAAAUGGUAUGUUUCACUUUCAAAUUUGUUUACAUUUUAAUCUAUACAGGUUUUACCCUAAAAAAACAUGU